AGUAAUAGUGAGUGUAAAACUGUGUAAUAAAUUCUUCUGCCAUUUUACAUCUUCCAAUGCCCCAUUUAUGUAAAACCAGAUUUACUAAGGCAAAAGCGUGCGGGUCAAACGGAUUGUGCAGAGCUUUUGUUUGAUCGAGGUGUAUUCAAUGGCGCCCCGUUUUGAUUAAAAAAUAGCCCGAGGGCCGCGGCCGACACAAGAAACGAAUACCCAUUUUGAAUAGAAUUCCAAAUCUUCUCUUCUCACUCGAUCAAAGUGUAGAAUGAUAAAGUAUAGAUCUAUCUAAGCCGGAAGAAAUGUAUGGGGAAUCGUGAAAUGGGCAGAGGAAUGACAGAGAAGUUCCAGAGGGUAUAUUUGGAAUCUGAAAGAUAGGAUCUUCCAAGUUCCUGCCUUUCUAUCAGUUCAACACUUCCUGAGGCCCCGCCCAAAUCAUCGCCUCUGAUUUCUCUGAUUUCCCAUAUUUAAGGACACAAUCUCAUCAACAGACUCAACAUCCAUGGCUGCAGUUUGCCGACUCUGAGAGUACAGAGCAUAGGGUAAAACUCAAGUUUUUAUAAUUUUUUUUUUUCUGAGGUGGUUACCGUUAUGGACCAGAGAAAUGAGCUAGAUGGUGGAGAGGAUGUAAUGCUUCCAGGAUUCAGAUUUCAUCCUACUGAUGAGGAACUUGUUGCAUAUUAUCUACGCAGAAAAGUGCAGCAGACCCCUCCGUCUAUUGAUCUCAUCAAGCAGCUGGAUAUCUACAAAUUCAAUCCAUGGGACCUUCCAAAGAUGGGGAGAAUAGGAGAGAAAGAAUGGUAUUUUUACUGUCCAAGGGAUAGGAAGUAUCGGAACAGCAACAGACCCAACAGGGUCACCACUGCUGGGUUCUGGAAGGCUACAGGGACUGAUAGGCCUAUUUAUUCUUCUGAUGGGACUAACUGUAUUGGGCUUAAGAAAUCUCUUGUCUUUUACAAAGGGAGGGCUUCCAAAGGGAUUAAAACGGAGUGGAUGAUGCAUGAGUUUCGUCUUCCCUCCUGCAACACACCUAAUGAUUCUUGGGCUCUAUGUCGCAUAUUCAAGAGAAGCACAGUAGCACAGAGAGGUCCUCAUCAUCUGUGGACGCCAUCGAUGGUGGACAGACCAUUUGAAUCAAGCUGCAACAAUAAUUACAGCUAUACCAACAUCAUGGACAUCCCUCAGUCUGAGGAAGGAACUAGUACUACAAAUUCUACUCCCUAUCACAUAACACCAGCAGUAGAUCAUCACUGUACCCAUGACUUAUGCAAAUCAAAUUCAUGCCCUCUGCCCACAAGCUCAACAUCUCUCCCCAAUCUGGUAUUAUCAAACACCAGUGAUCAUUUUCAUUUCGGUGAUACUGAUACUUCAGUUGUAAAGCCUAGUCUUAGUUUUAUGGGUCACACAAUGCUGCAGAUGCCCACCAUUGAUGCUCUCCAGACAUAUUGCCAGCCAGAAGAUAGCAAUAGCAAUGAUAAUACAGAUGCUUACAUGUACUAUCAACAACUGCAAUCAGAGGGUUUCUUCAACAACAGUAUACUUGGCAGCACUUCCCCACCAGAGAAUAUAAAUGCUACAAGCUUCCUAUCAUUUGGGUCCAAUUUGUAUGAUGCAGUGAUGAGUAAGAACCCUAGUCCAUGGGACAUUCCUCUUUCAGCCUUAAUCUAAUUGUCUGGUGAUUGCUUUGAAUAGCUCCAGCCAUUUCAGAAGCCUCCAAAGCACAUAGUUGAUCACAGAUGAGAUCAAGAAAUUCUUAGAACAUACACAUGAUGGACAAGCAAGUGGAAGACAUUAAACAGUCCCGAAGAGGUAUCACCAUAGAUUCACGAUUCUAUAUCAGAUAGCAAUGGCAAAAUGAAUUCGUAGAUGAUAUAAAAUUUUAUAUUUUUUUUAAUCUGAUGUCUCUAACUAAAAAGUUUUAACCUGCCAUUCAAAGGUUGCUAUUUAGUUUUAAACCGGCACAACAAACUUUUGGGCUUCUUUUUCAGUUAAAGUUACUUCAAUGAAUCCAUUGUUGAAAGAUUUUGUUCAGAACCCAUGCUAGUUAGCUAUCAGAAUUUUUCUAAAUCCAUGUAUUGAACUCACUGAAGCACAAGUAUGAGGUUCUCAUAGGAGACUGACAAACAGCAGCUGCCAUUUUUAUGAUAUGAAGCGGCUUAGAUUGCUGAAAAUGACUAGUAUUGACAUUCUAGACUUGUACAGCCAACAAGAAUUUCAGUAGAUAACUGUAACAGUCCAAGCGUAUUGUUUGUAAGAGCACUUUAAUGACCUUGCUAAUCAAUGAUUUCAUACUAUCAUACGUACUUUUAUCAUAUAAGAAUGGAUUUGGUAUCGCUCUCUCGAAUGCUGGUUUUCACAAUAUUCAUAUUCGAGUUUAUGGGGAUUAACGGUAGACGUGAAUUCCUUCCUGAUAAGGCCUUAUGAUUUUGGAUUCUUUCUCCCUUCAUCUUAUUUCUUACGUAGAGGUGGGUGGUGGAGGUUUAGGGUUUCCGAAAGAUAUUUGUAAGGACGUGUCUAUUCUGGUUUCAAAACGACAGUAUGGAUUGUUGCGUGAUUGAGCGUUUUACACCGUUGAUUUUGCAAUUAACAGUUGCCAUUGACUAGC